AUGGACCAGCCAGGGUACCGCGCCGACUUGCAGGAUGCUGUGGACUGCACCGCGCAGAUAGCAGAAGCGCUUGCCUUCUGCCAUUCACGGGAUAUCGUGCACAGGCAAGUGUCUCUGGAUCACAUCAUGGUAGAUGACCAGUCGGAAACGCCCUUCUGCCGCUUGGUGGACUUCUUCGCGGCGACGUGUUGCGUGGGGUCGACGCCGUCGACCACGGCGUGCGGGGAGCUUCCGUGCAUCGCCCCGGAGAUGGCGCUGGAGGCGUCGUACGCCGCCAAGCCGGCGGACUGCUGGAGCCUCGGGGUGGUGCUUCUCGAGGCCGCCGGGGGCCUGGGCUCGAUGAGGCUGGCGGUCGGCUGGCUGGAGGACACGGAGCUGGAGCCCGCCGCCGCCAGGAUCCGGAGGUUCUUCUCCCGCGAGGGCAGCUGCGCCCGUGCGCUGGCGGCCAUGGGCGGCGUGCGCAGCCGUGCGGUGCUGGCCAGGCUCUCGGGGCUCCUCGAGCCAGAGCCCGCGGCGCGUGCUAACGCGGACGCCAUUUGCAGCUUUUCUGAGUCCUCUUGA